AUGUAUCCAAAUAUUUCAGUUGGCAUGAACUAUGGAUUACCUGUACCUUAUCAAACCCUCAUUUCACCUGCACUGUCAAAUGGUACACAAAUUCAUGUCAAUGGUAUAGCUACUGGAAACAGAUUUGAAGUCAAUCUAAAAAAUUAUCAAGAUGAUGUUGUCUUACAUUUUAAUCCACGUUUCGAUGAUAAUGCCCUAAUUCUCAAUAGUGCUCAGCAUGGAUUAUGGGGACAAGAAGAACGCUAUGGAUUACCAAUCUAUCGUGGCGUACGAUUCACAAUGGUUAUCUUAGCAACGAAUUGUAGCUUCAAAAUUGCUGUAAACAAUGCUCAUAUUUGUGAAUUUUAUCAAAGAACACCAAUGUAUUUGGCUCAAUUAGUUGAAGUUAAAGGUGAUAUUAAUUUAGAAUCUGUUCAAGUUUAUGCAGGAUCAAGUUCUAUGAGUGGUGGCAUGGGCUUUUGUCCACCAUCUCAACCAUGUUCUGGUGGAAACUUUAUCGCUGGUUUUGGCCUUCCAUCAGCUCCUCCACCAUUUGUGGGUAGUGGGAUGCCAUCAAUACAAUCAUGUAGAAUACAUACAGGCUCUCGUAUUUUUGUACGAGGUUUUAUUCCUCAUGGUGCUAAUCGCUUUGAACUCAAUCUAUUACAAGGUUAUUCAGAUGGGGAUGAUAUAGCUUUUCAUUUUAACCCUCGUUUUGAUUCAUGUACAAUUGUCAAAAAUUAUCGACAAAAUAAUCAAUGGGGUCAAGAAGAAAAUCAACCAUUUCCACCAUAUAUGCCUUUAAUACCAGGUUCAUCAAUUGAUUUACAAAUAACAUGUACCAUGGAUAGAUAUACGGUAUUUAUGAACAAUUAUUUUAUUGCUGAAUUCUAUCAUAAAAUCCCACCUGGUUAUGUUAUGGCCCUUCAGUAUAAAGGUGACAUCGUACAUUCAAGUAGUCAAUACUAUAGUGUACCUUUCGAAACAAGUAUUUCACCACCAUUGAGCUAUGGUUCUCAAAUACAAGUUUAUGGUAUUGCUACUGGUAACCGAUUCGAAGUCAAUUUGGCUAACAAACGAGGUGAUACCAUAUUACAUGUUAAUCCACGUGUAAACGAUCGGCAAUUAGUGUUGAACUCUGCACCUGGUGGUAAUUGGGGCAACGAAGAACUUAAGCCAUUAAAUAUUUUGAGUGGUCAACAAUUUAAUAUUAUCAUUAUGGUUACACCACAAGGUUUUAAAAUUGCCGUUAAUAGUCAACAUGUAGCUGAUUUUAAUUAUCGAAUACCAUUCAAUGCAGCUGAUACAGUUAGUGUCAAAGGUGAUGUCAAUUUAACAAAUAUUCAAAUUUAUCCAGGCUUUAACCAAUAUGGUCAACCAUUACAAUUUGCUAUGGAAACUCCAGUUCCUAUCAAUAUGUUUCCUGGUCGCGUAUUGUAUAUUAAUGGUCGUUCAAACAAUAAUGCGUCACGAUUUGAAUUCAAUUUAUUGACAAACACCUAUCCUGGAGCUGAUGUAGCAUUUCAUUUCAAUCCACGUUUUGAUCAGCGUGAAGCUGUACGUAAUUCAUGUCAAGGUGGUAGCUGGGGUACAGAAGAAAAACAAGGUGGAUUUCCAUUGCAACCAGGUCAACCAUUUGAAAUUCAAAUUAUCUGUUAUCCAGAACAUUACCAGGCUAGAAAAAUUGAUGACAUUUUUUAA